AUGCCACUCUACUCAAAAUUUCUUAAAGAUUUGUUGACCAAAAAGGGAAAAUAUAUCCAUAGCGAUAAUAUUGUGGUGGAGGGAAACUAUAGUGUUGUUAUCCAGAGAAUCCUUCCACCUAAAUACAAGGAUCCAGGGAGUGUCACAAUCCCUUGCUCUAUUGGUGCGACGUCAGUUGGAAAGGCCCUCAUUGACUUGGGGGCCAGCAUUAAUUUGAUGUCUCUCUCUUUGUGCAAAAGGAUUGGAGAGCUGGAAAUCAUGCCAACAAGAAUGACAUUGCAGUUGGCAGAUCGAUCUAUUACAAGGCCUUAUGGCGUGGUAGAAGAUGUUUUGGUUAAGGUGUGGCAGUUUACUUUCCCUAUAGACUUCAUGAUCAUGGAUAUUGAAGAGAAUGUUGAAAUCCCACUGAUAUUGGGUCAUCCCUUCAUGUUAACUAUCAAUUGUGUGGUGGAUAUGGGGAAAGGUAAUCUGGAAAUGGGAAUAGGUGAUCAGAAGAUCAUAUUUGACUUGUUUGAUGUAGAAAAGCACUCACUUGACCGGAAUGUUUGUUCUAAGAUGGAUGAGUUUGAGAAUGAGAUGGUUCUGAUGGCUAGAGCAAGGAUUGCUCUAGACCCUUGA